AUGGCGGGGGCUGCUCCGGGAGCUGUCGCCGAGGAAGACUAUUUCGGGAGUUCGGCCGAGUGGGGCGAAGAGGCGGACAGUGGCCAGGCGCAGGACGACGACUAUGGUGAGGGGGAGGAUGAUGCUGAGGUCCAGCAGGAAUGUCUACACAAGUUCUCCACCCGGGAUUACAUCAUGGAGCCCUCCAUCUUCAACACCCUGAAGAGGUAUUUCCAGGCGGGAGGGUCUCCAGAGAACGUGAUCCAGCUGCUGUCUGAGAACUACACCGCCGUGGCCCAGACGGUGAACCUGCUGGCAGAGUGGCUCAUCCAGACAGGUGUCGAGCCAGUGCAGGUCCAGGAGACGGUGGAAAACCACCUCAAGAGUUUACUCAUCAAGCAUUUCGAUCCCCGAAAAGCAGAUUCUAUUUUCACUGAAGAAGGCGAGACCCCCGCCUGGCUUGAGCAGAUGAUUGCACACACCACAUGGAGAGACCUCUUCUACAAGCUGGCGGAGGCCCACCCAGACUGCCUGAUGCUCAACUUCACGGUGAAGCUUAUUUCAGAUGCCGGAUACCAGGGCGAGAUCACCAGCGUCUCCACGGCCUGCCAGCAGCUGGAGGUGUUUUCCCGAGUGCUGCGCACGUCCCUGGCCACCAUCCUAGAUGGAGGAGAGGAGAACCUGGAGAAGAACCUGCCUGAGUUUGCUAAGAUGGUGUGUCAUGGAGAGCACACCUACCUGUUCGCGCAGGCCAUGAUGUCAGUGCUGGCCCAGGAGGAGCAGGGCGGCUCCGCCGUGCGCAGGAUCGCCCAGGAAGUCCAGCGCUUUGCUCAGGAGAAGGGCCACGAUGCCAGUCAGAUCACACUGGCCUUGGGCACAGCGGCAUCCUACCCCCGAGCGUGCCAGGCCCUGGGCGCCAUGCUGUCCAAGGGCGCCCUGAACCCCGCUGACAUCACGGUCCUGUUCAAGAUGUUCACCAGCAUGGACCCGCCCCCUGUGGAGCUGAUCCGGGUGCCCGCCUUCCUGGACCUGUUUAUGCAGUCGCUCUUUAAACCGGGGGCCAGGAUCAACCAGGACCACAAACACAAGUACAUUCACAUCUUGGCCUAUGCGGCCAGUGUUGUGGAGACGUGGAAGAAGAACAAGCGUGUCAGCAUCAACAAGGAUGAACUGAAAUCAACGUCGAAAGCCGUGGAAACAGUUCACAACUUGUGCUGCAACGAGAACAAAGGGGCCUCUGAGCUGGUGGCCGAGCUGAGCACCCUCUACCAGUGCAUCAGGUUCCCAGUGGUGGCGAUGGGGGUCUUGAAGUGGGUGGACUGGACUGUGUCAGAGCCAAGGUACUUCCAGCUGCAGACCGACCACACCCCCGUACACCUGGCGUUGCUGGAUGAGAUCAGCACCUGCCACCAGCUCCUGCACCCCCAGGUCCUGCAGCUCCUGGUCAAGCUUUUCGAGACGGAGCACUCCCAGCUGGAUGUGAUGGAGCAGCUGGAGCUGAAGAAGACCCUACUGGACAGGAUGGUCCACCUGCUGAGCCGAGGCUACGUGCUGCCUGUGGUCAGUUACAUCCGCAAGUGUCUGGAGAAGCUGGACACGGACAUCUCCCUCAUCCGCUACUUUGUCACGGAGGUGUUGGAUGUCAUCGCACCCCCCUACACCUCCGACUUCGUGCACCUCUUCCUGCCCAUUCUGGAGAAUGACAGCAUCGCAGGUACCAUCAAAACGGAGGGCGAACACGACCCUGUCACUGAGUUCAUCGCUCACUGCAAAUCCAACUUCAUCAUGGUGAACUGA